AUGAUUGAAAUGGUUGGUUCUUUUGUAUUUAAUAGUUAGUACAGUCAACUUACUUAGACCACAUUCAGCUGGUUUUACACAAUAUUCAUUAAUAUAGUCAAACGCUUAUUAGCUACAUUCACAUGUUGGUCUUGUGUCAAGAGAAAGUGGAAUACCAUGUGGAUACGAUUACGAAGACCAUUGAACGAGGUUUAUAACGGCUUUAAACCACUUAAAGACGGAUUUAUUGGACACAAGUGGCUGUGCACGUCUCCGUGUGUGGCUGAAUGCGUCCCAGCCUUACCUACAGCUAGCAGGCUCACGGUGGAGCAAGCUGUCAAGUUAUGGACAGGCCAUUUCCAGCAAAGAGGUGUCUCAGAGCCACAUCUCUCCAGCCAGUACAUCAUUGCACAUUUGCUUGGUGCUAAAACAUUAGAGGGCAUUGGACAGGACAGGCUGGCUGAAUUCCUGACACAAGAACAGACAGAGCAGACAUGGGAGCUCUGUAUCAGACGUCUCACCAGAAUGCCACUGCAGUAUGUGAUUGAAGAGUGGGACUUCAGAGAUCUGACACUGAAGAUGAGACCUCCCGUGUUCAUCCCCCGGCCUGAAACUGAGGAGCUGGUUGGCCUAGUGCUUACAGAUCUCCAGAUGAAGCAGGGGACUGGAUUAAGUGAGGAGACCAGCUUCAAGUGCCUGGAAGUGGGUUGUGGCUCUGGUGCUAUCUCCCUCAGUUUACUUAAAAGCCUCCCACAGCUCAGAGCGAUUGCUUUAGAUAAAAACCAGGAUGCUGUGGAUCUGACAAGAGAGAACUCACACAGUUUGGGGUUCCAGGACCGACUUGAGGUUCACCAUAUGGAUGUGAUGAGAGAUGCAGACAUAAUUGUGAGCAUGUGCAGUCCAGUCUCCACUUUGGUCAGCAACCCUCCGUACCUGUUCUCAGAGGAUAUGACAUCACUUGAACCUGAAAUCCUCAGGUUUGAGGACCAUGCUGCUCUGGAUGGGGGGAAAGAUGGCAUGCAGGUGAUAAGACACAUUCUGACUCUGGCUCCAAAGCUCUUAUCAAACCAUGGUCGUGUAUACUUGGAAGUAGACCCACGUCAUCCACAUCUCAUCCAGCAGUGGGUAGAGGAAAGUGUUGAAGAGUUACACUACUUGCACACGCAUCGUGACAUCACUGACAGGCCUCGUUUCUGCAUCCUUCAAAAAAAGGAGUGCAACACAGAUCAGGACCAACGUUGAGAGAUUGAGAUAUGGAUCCUGUUUCACUGGCUUCAGACCAGCCUCAACACCCACCAUCCAUCUGCCACGUACUGUACACACUACUGAUCUCAAAUCAUGUAGAAAUUCACAAACACGCACAAAUACAUAUCGUAGAUGGGCUACAUUUAUACCUGAGGACGUUGUAGGUGCUAAUGUGUGUUUGUGUGGCAAUAAAGGAGGGUGAUAGUGACAGAGCGAGUAGUAGGCUGAAGGUAAUUACUGAGAGGCUUUUCUUAGAACCCUCCCUCUCAGAAUUUCACCCUCCCAGAAGGCAUUCAGUAGUUCUACGAAUCCAGGGAUUCGCCCUCCCCGCUGACUAGGCUGCUGACUCAGAUUCACUCUUACACAAAAGCACAUUGAAUCCAGCCUAUACUGCCUCGUCGAUUCUGCUGUGUACACACUUAUACCUGAGGGGGGUUUAAUCUCUGUUAUAAAGACAGCUUCAGAUAACUGAGAUUGGGGACACUGCCCACGCAACCCUUUUUUUUUUGUGUGGAUGUAGGCUAUAAAGCUCUGUGGCAUUUCACCCACCAAAAGACAAUGGGACAUUGAAGACAGGAGCAGUAUAACUCAUGUUGAAUAUUGUUUUAAUAAAAAAAGGGAUAUGUACAGUGUCGGGCGGGUAAAAAAGUAACAAUGUUGACUAAACAAAAAAUUAAACAAUUUACAUCUGACUGAAAAGCAAUUCACUGCUCAGAAACAGAAAGAACCUGUACCCCUCAUAGCACGAGGAGACACUACAGUUAGCACCAUGUUGUGUUUUCCAGUGAAUCACCUCUGUGAAUUGGGGGGGGGGGGGUACACAGGACCCCACUUCCCUCUGAGAAAUCCAAAACCAGGCACCAUUUUCUGGAAGGUUCUUUCCCAAACAUGGUCUCAUGACCAACCGUAUGUCUGAUGUGGCUCCAUUAGUUGC